AUGAAUAAACCAUUCACAUUAAACCUUCAAUUGGUGGAGAAAAAUUAUAAUGAUUCAACACCAAUCAUUGGUCAAUCGGUUUAUCCCAUCAGAUUAACCCUUCGUCAUACAGCUCAAGAUAUAUUUAAUAGCAUUUGGACCAAUUCUCCCGAUUAUCAAUUGAAACCAUUAUUUCUCAGAUUGAAAUAUCAAGGUCAAUCAUUACCAGGGUCUCCGUUAUCGGAAGUACUCUCAUUAGAAGAAGUGGAGGAUGAAGUCAAUGAUAUAACGUUGGAAAUUGACUAUACGUUGUUUGGUAAUCGUAAUAUACCAUCUAGAGAACCUGAAGAAGAGCUUUUUGAUAUCUUUAUCCAAUGGAUUAGUCAAGGUGCACAACAGAAAAUCCAAAUAAGGGAAAGUUUGGGCUGUACUAUAGGAGUUUUGAAAGAUUAUGUGGCCGAAGAGAGAAAUAAAACUGCUGAAGUAUUGGUUGAUGGUAGUUAUUUCCAAUUGAAAUAUUUUGAAACCCAACAGUUCUGUGAUAAUGAUCUUAGAAUGAGUGAUGUGAUAGGACUUGAUGUUCGACCAUUCCAUCCUGUGAUAUUUGAAUUGUCAUAUUCUGAAAGACCCGCUGAGCCUGAACCGGAACCUGAACCUGAACCUGAACUCCCAAGGAGAAUUAGAUUCUUUAUUAAUGUUAACUCAAAUAUAAAUAAUCUUCAACAAGAGAGAAGCCUUUUCGAAUUGGAUGCAGAAACCACUUUAAGAGAUUUCACAAAUUCCGUUAUUUCACGGAUAGAUCAAUUUCAAGUGAGAAGAACAUUCUUUGAACAGAUUAAAUUGACAUAUAAUCAAGAAAUGAUAUCAAUUGCCCGGAACUAUAAUGAAUUGAUGAAAGAUUUGAUCGAUGAUGCUGAUUUUGGAAAUGGUAAAAUUUACACCAUGGCAUUGAACGUACAUGAACAUCUUAGUGGAGUUGAUGGGGGAAUCUUAAGUAGACAAUUUUUGAAUGAUUUGACAUCAAAUAAUUUUGAGUUCCAUCCCAGACCCAAUGACGAAGAUUUACUUAUCAGUCGUCAAACAUUGAGUCAGAAUAACAGGCAGGACCAUGGUGUCAACUCUACACCAAACCUUUCAGGAAAUGCUGGAACACAAGCUGAGACAAAUGGUGGUCAACCUACGACAAACAACCAAACUAAUGCUAACGAUCUAAUGAAUUCAAACAGCCAAGAACAAAAUAAUCAAGUGGACGUAACUCAUGGUGGAGAACUUGAUCCUAUAACAUCCCCUUCAUUUAGAAGAUAUGAACCAACGAGAAUUGUUCUCCAUAAUGGAGUCGAAUGGAAUUUAACUGGUGAAACUUAUGAAAUGGUAGAAGUGAAUCCCCUUUCAGUAAAUUCUGAUCACCGCCCAAGACAAUUAUUGGUUAAUCAGUCUGAUUUAUCCAGUGUCGUUUAUGAGUUCACGAAUGAUCAAGGAGUAACAGUUGCACUUAAUUCUUCCCAAUGUAUUGUAGUUGAACCUCAUGGUUAUAUCAUAUUAAAUGCUUCAGGAGCAGCCAAAUUGCAUCGUCAUUUUGAACUUCAACAAGUCCAGGUCAAUUUUUAUGAUCCCCCUCCUCCUAACGCAACACCCACAACACCAGCCGAUGGUCCUAAUCGUAACGGUUUCGAAAAUUUAGACAAUAUUUUCAGCAAUUUGUUCAAUGCAAAUCUCAAUAAUGCCAAUGGUAAUGCUAAUGUCAAUGCUAACUUCAAUGCUGAAAAUGCCAACAUCAAUGCUAACAUCUUCAGCAAUCUUUUUGGUGUUGCUGAUAACAUCAAUAAUGCCAAUCCAGAAAACAACGACAACAAUGACAAUAAUCCCAGGAAUAAUAACGCCAAUCUCGGACUUGACCUUUUGAAUAUCAUGAACAAUAUGAAUACCCUCAAUGGUGGUAAUGGAAAUAACUUCCCGAUACUUCGUAUCCUCUUGCUCUUGUUAAAGUGGUCAAGUGCAAUUAUCAGGUUGUUUAGGUGGCUGUGGAACCUGAUUAGACGUUUGGAUAGAAAUUUCUUCUAUUUCAUCCUACGUAUAGUUGUUAUAGUAUUUGUGUUCAAGUUGGAUAAGUUAUUGUACCAGCCGAUGUUGUUAGGAGUGUUGGUGAUUUUGUCCUUAUUGUAUAUAAUUGUAUUCUAUAGCGAAAAAGUCAUAGAAAGGUUAGAAAGAUUAACGAUCGAUGACCAACAUAGAAGAAGUAUUAGAGAUGUUGUGGUGCAAAGAAUAAGAAUGAUUCAAGUUAAAAGAGAAACUGUUUUGAACAAGUUAGUUAAACAAUUGGUUCAUGUUGUCCUUCCCAGAAGAGAUUAUGAAUAUUUGUUAAUCCAACACAAUCGUGCUGAUACGACUGGAUUUUACGUCCAGGAGAACCUUGCUAAUCUCGGUAGAGAUUUGUUCUUACUAUUGUCCACAUUCUUACCAUCGAUAGUCAAAGAGAUCGAAGCAGAAAAAACUAAAAGGUUAUUGAGUGAGGUCGAAGAUUUGAGAGAAGAAGUCUUACAAAGUAUCGACCGAUAUGAACAAUUGACCGAUGAAGAGCUUCGUUUGGAUAUAAGCCUUGAAGAAAUUGAUAACUUGACCAGACCAACCGAAAAUAGAACUCUGGAGACCAGUGAAGUAGAGGAUCCUGACUUGGAACUUCCUCAAAUACAAGAUCCUAUUUUAGAAGAUCCCCAACUUCAAGCUGAAGCUCCUAAUGAAGCUCCCAAUGACGCUCCUGAUGACACUUCUGAGGAUGCCCCUAAUGAUUCCCCAGAUACAUCUGCCGAGACCGUUCCUGAAAUCAAUGAGGAAGAAGUAAGGGAAAGGAAGUACCAGCUUUUGCUUGAAGCUUAUUUCCAAAUCAAUGAUAGGAUCAAAGAAAUCACCACCUAA